CAACUCAACCACGUGCAAUGUCAGUAGAACUGCAUUUCCCAUCGGCCUAAGCUAUCGAGCUCAGGCAAGGACUCGUAGCGGCGGAGUCGCGUGUAUCUGUCUUCUUCGAGUUUGAGAGUCGUCGCGAUGCCGAAAGCUAAAGGGAAGAGCCGGCGGCAAAAAUACAGCUAUAACGUCAACCGCAAGAAACAAAAUAAGGCUUCCCGCAGGCGCGCCAACCCUCGCAUAAAAUGUGCCCAAAUCAGACAUGCCUGGGAUAGUACCAGAUCUGUAUCACAGAAUCUUGCUGAAAUGGGCCUGGCGAUUGAUCCAAACAAGGCUGUUCCCAUUCCAAAGACAAUCCAACGGGUGAUGCAAAUGGAGAUUGAUGGACAAGAGGGAAGGAGGAAAAUUGUGCGGAAGCCAUAUGUACUAAAUGAGUUGGAAUUUGAGGCUAGUCUCCCAGAGAAGAAGUCAGAGACCCUCUCCAGAGAUCUUAUUGACUAUGUUCAGCACAUGAUUCGGAAUCAUGGUGAAAACUACAAGGCUAUGGCCCGUGAUGAGAAGAACUAUUACCAGGACACACCAAAGCAAAUAAAGAGGAAGAUCAAUGUGUAUAAACGCUUCUACUCUGAAGAGUUCAAGGCUUUUGUUUCUUCUCUGCAACCAGAAAAGAUGGAUCAGCAAUGACAGGCAGAAGUGUCUGCAAGCUGUUUUCUUUCAGAUGGUGCCAUGGCCACAACUGACUUGCUCGUGAACUGAAACUUGGGAUGACAAACAUCUGUCAUUUGGAAAGAUGCUUAUGCAAAUGAGACUUCUGGCCAGAGCUCUGAUGGGUGGAGAGCCCUGCUUUUCACCAUCCAGAGGGGGGAAAGCAGCAUUUCCCUCAGCUUUGGAGAGAUCCUACUUGAAAUAAACUGCUUUCCUAAGCCUUUUGUCAGUACCGAAGCACA